GUGUGCGAGGGGAAAAGGGAUUGUCGCAUGUGUUGCAUCUAUCAGCCACUUCAUUGAAUCCAUAAAAAGUCCGUGUAAUCAUUCACUGACUAUCAUUUGAAGCCAGGAUUCCUACGACACGAGAACUGCCUGAUUCCUUCAUCACCAGGACUACGUAUGUAUGCCUGAACUAGUAUUGCUUUCAACUUCUCGGUAUUAUAUUUAUAGCGAUGUUAAUAUUUUCGUUGUAUCAUAAUGCAACUAAAGUUGCCUUGCUGUUUAAUAUCUCAUUUGGUUCAUUUGAGGUCUGUAUAACUGUUGAUCAUGGCAAUGUUGUUCUACGCGCUUUUGCUGUGGCUCGGCUCUCGGUCUGUAGAUGCAAGAAUUGAUUUUGUCGGCUCUAUUCAACCCCUAACCUACACUAGUUGGGGCUCCUGGGGCCAUGAAGACUGGUGCACGGAAGGUUCCUACGCCUACGGUUUUACUCAGUCUCAAGGUUGAAGGAAAUCGGGGCAAGGGAGAUGACACAGCACUCAAUGGAAUCAAGCUGCAUUGCAGAACCUACUGUGGGUCACAUUCCAAUAGCGUCACAUCCAGCGUUGCUCCAUGGGGAAACUGGCGAUCGACAAAGAAUUGCCCUGCUCAUUAUUUUCUGAAAGGAGCUUCGGUCAGAUCUGAGCCCUCACGAGGGAAGGUAGAUGACACAGCAGUGAAUAACUAUAAUUUUCUCUGCGAACAUUCGGGAUUCAUAAGGCAAACUUACCCCCUAGACGGGGAUGGCAUGCCCUGGGGUUCAUGGACUGGCCGAAAAGACUGCCCCACUGGUUCGUACAUUUGUGGUCUCAAAACUCAAGUGGAGCCAGCGCUAGGAAGUCACAAAGAUGAUACUGCUCUUAAUGACGCCGUGUUCUACUGCUGCAGAUUGAUAAAAACGAGCUGCUCUGGUCGGCGCUAAAAUCACCAGAAAGAUUAGUUUAUCCMAGAACACAGGACAAACCAGACAAAACUAAAUGAACCUAUUUAGAUCAGGCAUUAAAUUUACCAAAUGAAUAAAAACCUAAAUAAAAGAAGAUGGUCAAUUUUUAACAAUAAAUAGUGAAAAUAUGUGACGUAAAUUAAAGGGAAAGUUAAAAAUUGUAAGAAAACACACUUGUCCAACUAAAUAAAUACCAGAUGCAGUCUA